AGAAAGCAAUACAACGGUCUGGCAACGUGAGGCAGCAUUGGAGAGCUGCUAGACCAGGGAAGCCGGCUAAGAGACACGAGCCCCUUACUCUGGGCUGAGUGAGAUCCCAUUGGUUCCCGAGCUGCUGUUUUAAAGCAAAGAAGAGCCUGAAGGAUUGAACUGCACAGCCAGACGCAGACUCUCAGCCAAGUUGUCAGCACUCUGGGAGGGAGAGAGGCUCACACACACGAGAUCGCAGGGUGUCCGCAGCUUGAUGCUCGUUUCUUUCCAAAAAGGAAGAAAGGAGUGGGAACAAAAAACAGAGAAGGGGGGAAGGAGCCUGAUCCAGCCCAGCAGCCCCAGGGGGAAAUAAUGGAUGUGACCAUAUCUCAGUUCAUCUUAGAAGAAUUUGAUGUCAACUGCAGCCUCCUGGAUUUACAAGAGACUGUUUUAGAGAGUUUCUCGAUCUCUUUCCUGGGCUUUCAUGGUCCGUACUGCAAUGCCACCACUGAUCAGAUCGGGACCUGCUGGCCCAGAGCCUCGGCGGGGAAACUAGUAGAGAGACCCUGCCCGGAGUUCUUCAAUGGGAUCAAAUACAACACCACGAGAAACGCCUACAGAGAAUGCCUGGGCAAUGGAACGUGGGCUUCCAAGAUAAACUACUCCCAGUGCGAGCCUAUUCUGGAUGACAAGAGGAAGUAUGCGCUCCAUUACAAGAUUGCUCUCAUCAUAAACUACCUGGGGCACUGUAUAUCAGUAGGGGCCCUUAUAGUUGCCUUUAUGCUUUUCUUGUGCUUGAGGAGUAUCAGAUGCCUGCGGAAUAUUAUCCACUGGAAUUUAAUCACCACAUUCAUCCUGAGAAAUGUGAUGUGGUUUUUGCUUCAAAUGAUAGACCACAACAUACAUGAAAGCAAUGAACCCUGGUGUCGGUGUAUUACCACUGUCUACAAUUAUUUUGUGGUGACCAACUUCUUCUGGAUGUUUGUGGAAGGCUGCUACUUACACACUGCAAUAGUGAUGACCUACUCCACAGAUAAGCUGCGGAAAUGGGUCUUUCUCUUCAUAGGAUGGUGUAUUCCUUGCCCAAUCAUCAUUGCCUGGGCCAUUGGCAAAUUAUAUUACGAAAAUGAACAAUGCUGGUUUGGAAAAGAACCAGGGAAAUAUAUCGACUACAUAUAUCAAGGGCCAGUGAUUCUUGUUCUUCUGAUAAAUUUUGUAUUCCUAUUUAACAUAGUUAGGAUUUUAAUGACAAAGCUGAGAGCUUCAACCACUUCAGAGACAAUACAGUACAGGAAAGCAGUCAAGGCAACUUUAGUUCUCCUGCCUCUGCUAGGCAUCACAUAUAUGCUUUUCUUCGUCAACCCUGGUGAAGAUGACAUUUCCCAGAUUGUCUUCAUCUAUUUCAAUUCCUUUCUGCAGUCUUUUCAGGGUUUCUUUGUGUCAGUAUUUUACUGCUUCUUGAAUGGUGAGGUCCGCUCUGCUGCUAGGAAAAGAUGGCACCGCUGGCAAGACCAUCACUCGCUCCGAGUACGUGUGGCACGUGCCAUGUCUAUCCCCACAUCUCCAACACGAAUCAGCUUCCAUAGCAUCAAACAGACCGCAGCUGUGUGAUACGCCCUGCACAUACAUGCACCAACUGGUGGCCUUCAGGGUUCUUCUUUCUUCACUCUCCCCAAACCCUUUUCUUCAGACUUUCUUCCUUUAUUCUGCACUGCGCUUUUUCGCAAUGAGGUGCCCAUCACGUUUCUGUGGACUCUCAUCUCCCACGUUCAUAAUGCUGCUUUAAGACAACCAGGCAAAAGCCUCUUGGAGUUGGUGGUGGCAAAACAGAUUCAAAGAAGAAAGAGGUUCAACUGACUGCACCUUGUGGAAGGUCACAACACAAAGCCUGAAACAGCACAGUGGCAGGAACAAUCAAUUUUUUCUCUUUACUUUUUUCCCUUCUGUAUUGUGGUGAACAAAGACUAUUUUCAACAUGCUGCCCAUCUCACCCUGUAUAAUGGUUCCCAAUGAUUUCAACAGUUUGGUGUGUAGGUAGCCCGUCUCUUUCUUGGUCCUUUGUAAAAAAAAAAAAAAAAAAAAAAAAAAAAAAAAAUCUCCACAGAACUGUCAUUUGAGAACAUGUGGCAGCAGGAAAAAGAGCAUCUGAGAAGUGGUGUGAAGAAUCUGAAUUUAUCUACCUUCCCCAUUGCACCCUUUGAUAGGCUGGUAGUUGGCCAGGGCAUCACUGGACGGUUUAAUACAGGGCAGUUUGCCUUGCAAGAACCAUGCCCUGUUCAUACGCAGAGUUUUGAAAGGACAGCAAGGUCUCUAGAUAGCUCUAUAAAGUAUCCUUAAUCCUCUUACCCACAUGCUUUCGACACAAUGUAAGUAGCCCUUGGAAAGUCUUUGUUUGGUUUCAGCUAAGAGCAUUGGGGUGGGGAAGGACAACAGAACAUGUUUUCUGGGUUUAAAAAGUAUAAAAGGGAAGCACUGUAAAAAAAAAAAAUCAAAAAUGAGAAGAAGGUGUUUGCGUCAUGAAGAUAGUGCUAUAUGCUGCACAAAGAUUAUCUAUUCAGCAUUUUGAACUAGAGCAGUUGUAUCUACUAGGCUUUUUAUGUGAUGUUCAAAAAUACUGUAUAUUUUCAAUAAUAAACACUACUCUGGGUUGGUUUCAAUAAAA